CGUGAUGCCGCCCCCACCACGAUGCCGCCCCGGGCAACCGCCCGUGUCGCCCGUGUCAAAAACCGCUACUGAUUGGCAUGGAUGUGCCAUCCUGGAGGAAGUAGACUACCGUUGUAACCUGUAUGAGUUGUCGGUAGCAGUAGCGACGAGGAAUCUAGAAAACGCUAGAGAAAGAUCAGUCAGAAAGGAGCAAUGGUCUGUCACCACUACCUGCAAAGUCAUUCUGUUUUGCUUCUCCACUGCACCUGUUGCAUUUAUUUGCACCAACACUGGUCCAGUGGAUUUCCAACGAUUUAUGGUUCCUAACUGGACAAGAUGCUAACUUAACUAACUUUAACAGAAUUUGUGUUAUACUGUGAAAAUCAUGUUUCUCUCUCUCUCUCUCUCUCUCUCUCUCUCUCUCUUUUUUAGCAAUAUAUGUGAUUUUGAGCUCUUAAAAUGUUAAAAACAUAGCGCAGCAUCUGAUGUUUUAUGUUUAAAAUUUCCUCGCUUAGUGCUCAAACCAAACUUACGUGAUGAUAUGACAACAUAACGUUCUCUGAAUACCAUUUUCUUUUUAUUUAUUUCAAAGUCUUCCUGACAGAUACAGUAUGUUCGUACACGUAUACGCAGUUAUAUACGAAGAGUCAAAAAUACUGCAAGAUCACGUGACGACGUCUCCUCCUGAGCAGCAGCCGGUUGUUUACGGGGUGAUGAGGACGCACUGCUGGCCAGCUGUCAAAGUCAUUAGACAGGAGGAAAAACAGCGCAGGUACCACUGGGGAGCACGGCUUUGAACCCGUCGUCAAUUAGCGGGCAUAGUUUAUGUUAAAUGUGUUCGUGUUCGGAAGUUUUAGCACUAUCUGAAUUUAGACAGAGAAACGGGAGAAAAGGGAAGUCCGUUUGCUACAAGCUAGCCGCAAAGAGCCCAGACGGUACAGGAGGUUGUUUCAGAGGUUCUCAGAAAAAGACAGGGGACUAUAGCACACACAGCCGGUCUUCAGUUCUCGCUGGUUUUGCCCUGUUGCAGCGGCACCAUGGCCAAUCGUGAAGAGUCCAAGAAGAUGAAUGGCAAUUCUGGCGACUCUUCUACCCUUUUGGAAACACCCAAAGAGAGCAUGCAGCUUAAAAAAGAGAUCUCAUUGCUUAAUGGAGUCAGUCUGAUUGUAGGAAACAUGAUAGGCUCCGGGAUCUUUGUGUCCCCGAAGGGUGUCCUCAUUUACAGUGCCUCUUACGGACUCUCACUAGUCAUUUGGGCGAUUGGAGGUCUAUUCUCAGUAGUUGGGGCCCUUUGUUAUGCUGAGUUGGGCACCACAAUCACCAAAUCAGGAGCCUCUUAUGCAUACAUACUGGAAUCAUUUGGUGGUUUUAUUGCAUUUAUUCGUUUGUGGACAUCUCUGUUGAUCAUUGAGCCCACGAGCCAGGCAGUCAUAGCCAUCACAUUUGCAAACUACCUGGUGCAGCCGCUCUUUCCAACAUGUGAGCCACCGUAUGCGGCAUCCAGGCUCAUUGCUGCAGCAUGUGUUUGCCUGUUGACAUUCAUCAACUCUGCGUAUGUAAAGUGGGGCACCCGUGUUCAGGACAUUUUCACCUACGCUAAGGUGGCAGCCCUGAUCGUCAUUAUAGUCACUGGCAUCGUCAAGCUAUGCCAAGGUUACACAAGCAACUUCGAAUCAUCCUUUCAGGGGUCAUCUACCGACCCUGGUGACAUUGCACUAGCGCUGUACUCUGCCCUGUUCUCUUACUCUGGCUGGGACACUCUCAACUUUGUAACUGAGGAGAUCAAAAGUCCUGAAAAGAACCUGCCCCUGGCGAUUGCCAUCUCUAUGCCUAUUGUCACCAUUAUUUACAUCCUCACUAAUGUUGCCUAUUAUGCUGUUCUGGAUGUCAGAGCUAUACUGACCAGUGAUGCAGUGGCAGUGAUGUUUGCUGAUCACACGCUUGGUGUAAUGAGCUGGACCAUUCCCAUUGCUGUGGCUUUGUCCUGCUAUGGAGGCCUCAAUGCAUCUAUUAUAGCUGCAUCCAGGUUGUUCUUUGUGGGAUCUCGUGAGGGUCACCUUCCAGAUGCUCUGUCCAUGAUCCAUAUACAGAGAUUCACUCCGAUUCCUGCUCUGAUCUUCAAUUGUGUCAUGUCGCUGAUCUACCUGACAGUGGAAGAUGUCUUCCAGCUUAUCAAUUACUACAGCUUUAGCUACUGGUUCUUCAUGGGGCUGUCCAUCGCUGGCCAGAUCUACCUGCGCUUGAAGGAGCCAGACAGACCCAGACCUCUUAAGCUCUCAUUAUUAUACCCAGUGGUGUUCUGCCUCUGUACCAUUUUCCUGGUGGCAGUUCCUCUCUACAGCGACACCGUCAACUCCCUGAUCGGCAUUGCCAUUGCCCUUUCCGGUGUUCCAGUCUACUUCCUGGGUGUCUACCUGCCAGAGUCCAGACGACCACCUGUCAUCACUAAGCUGCUGCGUUCUCUGACUGACUUCACCCAGUACACCUGCUUCUGUGUGCUGACUGAGAUGGACAAAAGUCAAUAGACCCUGUUACACUUUAAAACCCAGGAGUGUGUGCAUCCUCACAGCCACCAGAAGUGGCUUUCAGCUGGAUAGAACAAACACUCCUUUGUUGCACUGUCCACAGUCAUCUCAGAGUUGUUUACAGCACUGAAGGUGCUGCAACAGAUGCACAUAUUCACCUAAAGAUUUUUGUUCUGGGAAAACAUUUCGAGGUGGAGUAGAGAGGUGGUUAUACAGUUUAUUUAUUAUUAAUCCUUAUUAAGUUUAGCAGGUAAUUUUAUAUACUAUAUGCCUUUUAAACAGUAUAUGCCUUUGAGACUUCACUGGUGCUAUGAACAUGACUGCAGGGACCAGAGCACUAUGCAGGUAAAUAUUCUCUCCUGGGUUCUAACUAAAAGGUGUGAGUGUGUUUAACAUUGAUCUAAACUAUUGGUCCUAAUUAUUUUCUAAUGAAAAAGGGGAGAAAAUACUGCUGCUGCUAUUUGAGGACAGUGACUCAUCCCUGUAAUGUCAUUGCCUUUAUUUACUCUUGGCCUCAUUGCUUGUAGUUUCUUACUGCUUUUUUCCAACCAACAUAACAUGUUUUCCAUGUGUGUUGUUUUUUUGUUUUUUUUCCUUCUUUUUUUUAAUACUGUUGUUAUUUUUGAAACAAUAUGCACUAUUUCUUUUUGUUCUUAAUCAUGUCCACACAGACACAUUCCACAUCUUUAGUCCAGUUGUGGAACUUCUGCACAUCCUGUCUUCUAAAGUAAACUAUGCUCC